AGGGAUAAGCGGAGCACAAGUUUGCCUGCCAUGCCUCUCGACAGUGACCUGGUCCAACUCAACGCCAAGAUGGUGGCGUACAUGUCCAAGACAGAAGCGAGGGACAAGCUCUGCCGAGCAGUAGCCUACGGGAGCGAUGUGGUGAAGUGGCUGCUGUCAAACUCGGGCAAGGCAGCGUUGGAAGCGUGGGCGCCCAAAGUGGUGAAAGUGAAGUCUGGCGUCGGGGUCGCGAGGAAAUGCUUUCGCUUCGGCGUGACGCUCCGAGAGAUCGACGCGAUGAUCAACACGCAAGAGGUGGGGAUCCCAAGGACGAUGAAGCUGUGUAUGCACGCGUCUAACGGGAUGUAUUAUUUUCUGGACAUGAUAGAGUUGUUGUCAAUCUUCGAGCUGCUUCCUUACAAGACGGACAAGGCUAUCAAGAAGGCACGAGAAGCAGCGCAGAAGGACGGAGCUCAACCUGACGCCAAGCGCUGGGCGUCGCUCCUUGCCUCUCGUCGCAAGCUGCAGGCGCAGCUGAUGGUGGAGAUGACGAACGUGCCUGUCGCUCUCUUCAACGUGACGGACUGGGGGCGGGACGCCAUUGGGCCAGUGGGAGCAGGCAUGGCGGGAUUUGUUGGAUCUUGCAUCGGAGGUGAGAGGAGGAGUCGGUUGGAGGACGAGGACGAGGACGAGGACGAGGACGAGGAGAAGGGCAAGGAAGAGGUGGCGGUGGUUGAGGAUGCGCUGGGAACACGCGAACAUGUACAAGGAGGAAAGGGAAGACGAAGGAGACAGAGAAUGGAAGAGUGGAGUGGAGUAGUGAAGGAGAGGGGAUGA